CCUUGCACCAUGUAACCCAGGAAAACUAAAUUGGCAAAAGGCCAAAACACACAUUCUUCAUAUAGCAAACCUUCUCUUUUAUCUCUUCCAUUUUUGUUAUUUCUUAAGGAAACUCCCUUCCUGGAUCUAUGCGGAUUGCUUGGAGGUCAUGUUGUGCUCAUUGAAAUGGGUUCUGGGAUUUGGGUCACCUUCUUUAUAGACUUUCCACUUCAAAGGUCAAUGAUGAAAACCCAUUAAGGUGUGGAUUUUGACUGGAAAGAGACCAAUUUGAUCUGGUGGGAUUGAUAUAUGCCAAAAUGUUUGCUUUUUCCUCAGCUGUUAUAAGAAAACUUUGGGUUGUAGGAGUGAUUUAUGAGAUGUGUUUCGGAAACUCAUUUAUUGUGUAUUUUGGGUAAAUUCUGCUUUUGGAACGGCAGUAUUUGGGUUUAUAUGUGCUAGGGAAUUUUUUUGUGCUUCAAUCUUGCACAUUAUCAAGGGAACGCGGAGGAUUAGGGAAGAGAAAGGCAGAAGCUAUAAUUUUAUCAUUUGCUUCAAAUGGAAUUUUGGUUUCUGAGUUCUUGGUGAGAAGAGGAAGAAAGAAUGGCUGCAAAACUCCUACAUUCUUUAGCGGAUGAGAACCCAGAUUUGCAGAAACAAAUAGGAUGCAUGACAGGGAUUUUUCAAAUCUUCGAUCGUCACCAUGCCCUCACCGGCCGGCGUCUGAAUCAAAAGAGGCUUCCCCCAGCCAGAGGUGAUUACCAUUUAAAUAGUGGCAACUUUGAAGGAGAAUCGUUUAAUGCAAACCACCAUCAGGGAGCUACUGACGUGUGUUUAAACAAAGGUGUGAAUGAGAAGCAAAGAUAUUCUACAGAAUCAUCAAGAGCCUCUUUCUCGUCCUCUUCUUCAUCUCCAUCAUCCACUUUUGACUGUAACAAAACUGCUCAGCGACAAACCUCUUCCUUGGACAGAAUCGUAUAUCAUGAAGCUCCCUUACGAGAUCCAGUGAUGAAUCAACUAAGUACCUCUCCACAUUUUGGGUGGCAGUCCGUUGAUCUUAGAGAUGUGGUCAAGGAUUCUAUGAAUAGAGAAAUGAGAGGUCUGCAAGUUAAAGCAAAAGAGAAAGCUGGAAGCCAGCCUGUUAGACACGGAGAUUCUCCGAGGCCAUUUCAGCCAUCUGUGGAUACUUCUUAUGUAGUUGGGACUAAUGGGAAGCAUAAUGUAGCUUCUGAUCUAAAGGAGUCCGUUAGAGCUCUUACUGAACUCAGAGAAGCUCCUUGGUACUAUAAUGAAGCUAGAGAACUUCCUAGAUCAUUGUGUGAAGCAAAAGAUGGGCAUUGGCAUUCAAUAGCAAAGGAUGCUCCUCGUUUUUCUUAUGAUGGACGAGAGAUAAAUCGUUUAUCUUUUGAAUCACGAGAUACUUUUAAGUUUAUUCCGAAAUCGAAAGAGCUUCCCAGACUUUCACUUGAUAGCCAAGAACGUUCAAUGCAAGGCUCCAACUCCAAUUCAAGACGAAAUUACCUGUCAAGUAACUUACACAACAGUGCCAACACAAAUGGCAGAGCCUCUAAUGCACAAUGCUCAGAGAUUCAAAAGCGACCUCCUAGUGUUGUAGCCAAGUUGAUGGGAUUGGAAGCAUUGCCAGAUUCAAUCUUAGCUUGUGAUAGUCAGUUGGGUUCAUCUAAAAUCGGUCUAGUUGAAAAUAAUGAUCGUGUGACAAGUUCACUGAAAGUAAAUGACUUAAACAGGCCAAUCCGGAUUCCCAGGUCCCCAAUAAAUUUGUCCAAAGAUCCAACAUCACCACGAUGGAAAACUGCUGACGUGGUCAUGAAACCCAUAUCAAGUUCUAGGGUUCCAAUUGAACCGGCACCGUGGAGGCAGCUUGGUGGGAUUCAAGGUUCUCAAAAACCAUCAGGCAGGCCUGUAAAAGUUUCAGUAAGGAUGCCAAACUCUUUCCCUUCUGUUUAUAGUGAGAUUGAGAAGAGGUUGAAGGAUAUCGAAUUUAAACAAUCAGGAAAGGAUCUCAGAGCUCUAAAACAGAUCCUGGAAGCAAUACAAGCAAAGGGUCUCCUGGAGAGCAGAAGUGAAGAACAGGCUUCACAUUUUGGAACACAAAGAGACUUUGAGCGAAAGUGUACGAGUCCCAGUCAAAAUCCGACAUUCCUGAGCCAACAAAACCCCCAGAGAAAUCAUGAUAUUUCCUCUACAAGCAAGACUUGUGACUCUUUCGGGUCAUAUGAAUCCCCAAUUGUGAUCAUGAAACCUGCGAAACUUAUUGAGAAAUCUGGUAUUGCUGCAUCUUCUGUAAUUUCGGUUGAUCGCCUUGCCAGCCUCCAUAAACUACCAAGCAGUGCCUCCGUAGAAGGCAAAAAGUUUUCAACUACUAAUCGAACAGCUAAAGAUCAGUCUUCUAAAAUCUUGAACAGUGAUAAGAGAGCCAGCAGCAGUAAUGUAAAAUCAACAGAGUCACUGGCAAGAGCUCAGCAAUUGCCGAAAGAAAGCAUCUCGAAUUCUGUAAAGAGCGCAGGAUCUGUGAGCCCAAGACUGCAACAAAAGAAGCUGGAGUUGGAGAAGCGAUCUCGUCCACCUACCCCUCCAUCUGAUUCAAACAGACCUAGAAGGCAAUCCCAAAGGCAGUCAACAGAAUCAGUUUCCCCUGGUGGAAAACUCAGAAUCAAAUCUUCCAAUUCCCAACCAAGUGAUGACCAGCUGAGUCAGAUAAGCAAUGACUCAAGAACUUCAAGUCACCCUGGAGAUGACCUACCUCUACAAUUAGACAUCAAUGUUAUCCUCAAGUCAAAUACAGAUUUGGAUGCCAGCUUUAGCGAGUACUCCACAGAGAUCAGUAGCCAGAGUACAUCCAUGAAAGCUGCCAAAAACCUGAAAUCAACUUCAAGGUUGGAAGACGAUGGAUUGUUGGUGGAACUUCCGGCAGUGGGUCUCGAACAUCGAAGUCCUGUGUCCGUCCUUGAUAUCUCAGUAUAUAGGGAUGAUGCACCCUCCCCUGUGAAGCAGACUCCAAAUGAACUCAAAGUUAAUGUUGUUCAAGAUUCUGAAGAUGGUUGCAGAGAAUAUCAUUGGAGCCCUGCAGAUGAUUGUUUAUCUAACACAGUGGGUUCUGGUAUAAUAUCAGAGAUCAGUCGCAAGAAAUUACAAAAUGUAGAGAAUUUGGUGCAAAAGCUUAGAAGACUUAACUCCACCCAUGAUGAAGCAAGGACAGAUUACAUUGCAUCCCUCUGUGAGAACACAAAUCCAGAUCACAGAUACAUUUCUGAAAUAUUGUUGGCUUCAGGCCUCUUACUUAGAGAUCUUGGCUCUGGCCUGUCAACAUUUCAGCUCCACCCAUCUGGCCACCCCAUUAACCCUGAGUUAUUCUUUGUUUUGGAGCAAACCAAGGCUAGCUCUUUGCUUUCAAAAGACAAAGUCAGCCCUAGAAAAUUUUACAAUAUAAAGCCUGACCAUGAGAGGUUGCAGCGCAAACUCAUAUUCGAUGCUGUCAGUGAAGUUCUUGUUAGAAAGUCAGAUUUAAUGGGGAUCUCAACGGAAUCAUGGUUGAAGUCAGAUAAACUGGCAAAGAAGACACUGAGUCCACAAAGGCUUCUGAAAGAAUUAUGUCUGGAGAUAGAACAGCUUCAAGUCAACAAGUCACACUGUAGGUUAGAAGAUGAGGAGGACGGAUUGAAGAGCAUCUUGUGGGAGGAUGUAACUCGUCGAUCAGAAAAUUGGACAGAUUUUAAUGGCGAGGUGCCUUCGGUAGUCUUAGAUGUCGAGAGGUUAAUCUUUAAGGAUUUAGUUGAUGAGAUUGUGCACGGUGAGGCAGCUAGCUUGCUAAGUAAACCAGGUAGGCGUAGCCAGCUAUUUGCGAAGUAGUGGCUUUUCCGCAAAACUGCAUUCCGUUUGCUCUUGUUGCAUUUCUUUUUGUUGUUGAACGUAAAAUAUAUUGUUGGUGUGAAAUGGAUUUGUGGUGGAUUUCAAAAGAAAUUGUUUUUUGAUUAUGACAUCAUAAAAUCUUCAAAAGAACUGCAUAUAUGAAGCUUGUUUUUUCCUCAAGGCCUCCAUGACUUUUU